UCAGUGUUGACAAUGAAGACGCUCUGUCAAACCAACAGAGGCUACUGUCUCCAUAGCGGGUUGGAACUACCCGACGUUGGCUUCCUGAACACCAGUGCCAAGUGCGCCCUCUUGAAACCAAGGGAUUACAUUCUCCCGCGGAUUGAUCCUGGACAGGUUGGUGAUGUCACAGAAAUGAAUCUGACUUCCGGUCAGUCACAUCGGAGAAUCACUGUGGCAAGAAACCCGCCUUUGUUUGAGAUCCCUGACUUCCUGACACAAGAUGAAACAGACAAACUGAUUGGUCUUGCCACCGCCAACGGCCUCGAUGUUGCCAUGACGGUUGGAGAGAAUGGAAGCGUUACACAUCAAAGAGGUCGGAGGUCCCAGACCACGUUCCUCCGACAUGACCUGGACAGCCUGCUAAUCGACAUUCGACGAAGAGUAUCCUUACUGACAGACAUGCCAAUGGACCUUCUUGAGGAAAGCGAAUGGUAUCAGUUUGGUAUGUACGGCGUUGGUGACCACUAUCACUCCCACUACGACAGUUCAUUAUCAACGCGGGAAACACUGAUGAGUAAACCUUGUUGCCAUCAGUCAAGUCCCCCGCACACCAAAACCUCUUGUGUAUUGUGCAGGUAUAUGACAGUGAUGGUGUAUCUGAAUGAUGUCGAGGAGGGAGGGGAGACAGCGUUUCCCCUAGCCGACGGUUCAGACACAACCCCCAAGGAAGAACAUAUUAACCUGAGUCAAUAUUGCCAGCGGUCGGCGUUAUUGGUGCAGCCUCAGAAGGGGAAGGCAGUCAUGUGGUACAACAACAUCCGCGACCCCGAGACUGGGUGGGUCGGCACCGCUGACCCGUAUUCUCUCCAUGGAGGGUGUAAUGUCAUCAAAGGAGAAAAAUGGAUAUUAAAUUUUUGGGUCAGCACCCCACAGCACAAUAGGAAAUUCGGCAACAGCAUCUACACAGAAAGAUGGGUAUGACGCCAGUGCCACGCCAAGAGGACAGGUGUCUUCAGUCAACAAACCACAAAGAAACAUAAAACAACAAUAUUUUGUAAUAAAAUUGCUAC